AUGAACAAUCCAAUACACUAUUCGCUCCAAGAUGCUAUUAAUGCAUUGGACGACGAAAUGAAAUUUAACACUGGUGGUUGGCAUUUAUCUAACAUAUCCAAAAUCAAAGAAGCUUCAAAUACUUUCCAUUCAGAGCAAACGAAAAAAUUCAUUUUAGUAAUUGUCCAUUAUAUGAGGGGUCCUUAUGCUACAUCCCUCAUCAAGUUUAAACUCGCGCAAUUAUUGAAUCUCCUGAACUCAUAUAAUGUCAGCGGAUUCCAUGAGUCAAUUGAUGAAUUACGUCAGCAAAUACACUCUUCUUAUGAAUUUAUGUAUGACUCUACAUUUAAGGAAGCUUCUCAGCAAAUGAUUCGCCAAUUAAUUUCAACACCUAAUGUUGUUCGAGUUCAACCAAAAGUCCCGGUGAGAACAUAUAGAAUUAAGACAUCAACACCUGUGGCAAAACUUGCCCAUAAUUUUACACCUCAAACCGUUCAAUUGCAUAAUGCAAUGAGACAAACAACACCACCUCCCCAAAUUAUAUGA